UUCUCUCUCCCUCAUUCACGGCCUCAACACUGGACGAGCAAAGCUCAGCAUCCUCAGCCUCUCCUGGUCCACACCAACAACCGCAGUCAUGAAUGUAGGUAUCUGUGUGUGUGUUCUCCUGGCUGCUCUGUCCAGCGGUUCCCUGAGUCUGCCCUCACAGUCCAUCGCCCAGAGAGCUGAGGGUGAGGCUCUCCUGUCACACAACCUGCCCUCCCCCUCACCCAACCACACGCGCCAGGUCCGCUCAGCUCCAGCGCCCCCCGCAGGGCAGCUCGCCAACUACAACCAACCCCAGGAGGACACAGACCCUAAAAACGGCCUGAGCCAGCUACUGGCAAGACUCCUCUCCAGGAAAGGCUUUCCCCACCAGGCCAGAUCCUCCCUCACCAGCAGAGCCAGUGGUCUGUCCCCGGCCCACAGGAUAAAGGACAGAGAUUAUCUCGGCUGGAUGGACUUUGGGAGACGCAGUGCAGAGGAGUACGAAUACUCCGCCUAAAGGCAUGGCUCGUGUCUACCAAUGAAUCUGAGUUAAAAAAAAAACAGCAACCCUGAACCGCCAAUAAAAGUUUGCAGAAAUAAUGAGCCCUUUUCACACUGCACUGACUGUAACCCAGGGCUCGGGUGACUGGAACUGAGUGUGAAGAUCCAAUAUAAUGAUGUGGCUUAAUAUCACCACACAUUUACCUUUAGCACUAAAAAAAAGGUUAAAAAACUGCAUUUACAUUCAAGUGUUAAUACUAAUAUGAUAUUAUAGUAAUUCAUAAUAUUUCGAAGAAUAAUAUACUUGCAAUAGACCCCUUAUAUUUUGAUGAUAUCAGAACUGAUUAUCAAUCACGACAUUUGCUUUAAAAUUUAAUUUCAGCCUCAUUUCAGGGAGAUUAAUUAAUGUGUUAAGGCUCAAAUUCAUGCCAC